UGCGUAACAUGCAGCGGAGAGCGGUGAUCAUCAUCUGCGCGCCGCAUCGCCGUGGACCGCCGUGCGCACUUGAACACGGAGACACACCGAGGGGCGCAGCCCGCUCUGCCGAACCUGCCGCGAGCGAGACGCCUUCAAAGCAGACUACAGGCUUGUGAAGAGGGAAAAAAUUAGAAGGGGGAGACGAAAGGAGUGCGAGGAAGGAUGUCAACCCUCGAGACGGUGAUCGGGGGUUAAUCGCCGUACAGUUUGGAGCCACUCUGGCGCACCAGCAGCAAGGAGGCAAAAGCGCAUAUUUUUGUUUUCAAAAGGAGUCCCAGCCCCCCUGUAUCACAUCCAAACCGGACUAACAAUUCGGGAUUUAGAACGAAUAGGAUGACUGUUGAACCACAGGGCCAACAGAAUAUGAGUCAGCGCGUGUCUGUGAGCUGAGGUGGAGUGUCUCUCCCGCUUGCACGACUGUCUCGGUCCGCCACCAAACCUUCCUACGCCAGGAUGCAGCUGCUUAGAGUUGCGUGGGCACUGACCGGAGCGGCGAUCUGCUGCUUUCUCCUUCUCCUUAUUCACUCCCGCCUGCUCAAAGAAGGCCAACUGGCAGCGGGGACGUGUGAGAUUGUGACGCUGGACAGGGACAGCAGCCAACCACGGCGGACCAUCGCCAGGCAGACAGCCCGUUGCGCCUGUAAGAAGGGCCAGAUCGCUGGAACUACAAGAGCCAGACCUGCCUGUGUGGACGCUGGUAUUGUUCGGAAAAAGCAGUGGUGUGAGAUGGUGCCAUGCUUGGAGGACGAAGGCUGUGACCUGUUAGUCAAUAAAUCUGGCUGGACUUGUACACAGCCCGGAGGCCGAGUCAAAACCACCACGGCUCUAUGACGCGACAAGAGUCCCCCUCGACACUCUUGCACUAUGGAGAGCAUUGAUGACCCCUUGACAGACAGCCAAAAACCAUCAACCAACACCACCGACACCACCGACAUCACAGCACGUCCACCAAACCCUGGUCCCGCAAAGGCAGGAAGCAACACGAGCAGCUGCAGAGCACCGAGGGCCUCGAGGAGGCAGAGAGGUCUCAUAACACAGCCUCCAGGGAACAAACCAGGGAUGGACUGUCUAAGGGAUCGAGCUCUCCCCGGGGCAGUGGACAAACAGCUCGCUGUAAAACACCUUCUAUAUCCUGUGACUGGCUCCUCUGGGUCUGUGACUGCUCCCUCCUGCUAUCUGUCGUUGGGUCAAAAUGUCGCGUCCACUUUCUCUCCACUCUAUCUGCCUGCUCUGUAAAGUUAGCAGCGCCUGCUCGUGCCACGGAGGAUCAGACACCUUAAAGUCCCAUGAACGCAGGGUUUCUUUUUCCUCAUUUGGAAGUACGCCGUUUGAAACUGCUUGGGAUUUUCCACAUCACAUCCAAGCCUCUAGGGCAGGUGCUCCGGAGCAAAAGACAGGACCAUUUGUAGACCAGACCCUGCUGCUUUUUCGGACCAUGUUAUGAGGCAGUGAAAAACUGAACUGAGCACGCUCUGCUGUGAAUAGGCCUUCUGCUGGAGAACACCUCCCAUAUUUUUAUAGACCAAAGAGCAAAACAACAUAUAUGAUCUAGUGACAGAGUGGACCAUCUGGCAAAGACACACAGACUAAGUGAAGUUGCUGUUUGUUUCGCCAACGACUGCCCCCACGAGGACACCAUGCACAAGGGGACAAAUGCAAACUGAACCUUGCGCCAUGCGCCAGGCGGCAUAUGUACUGUACACAAUCAAAGGAGUACUUUUAAAACUUUGCAGAAUUUUUUUUUUUGUCAGACUGAGCCCACUACUGUAUUUUGGAACUGGAGAUAUAGGUACUACAUAUGUAUAACUGUGUAUCAAAAAAAACCUGAUUUGCAUUUUUACGUAGCUACAGUUUGGACAGAUUUGGGAAGCGUUGUGAAGUUGGAUCCGGAGCGCAAAUCAUAUCAAAGAGAUGAUGAAUAUCUAAAUAGAGUAUGGAUGCUGUUGAUUCUGAAAAGGAGGAGUAAAGAAAUGUCAUUAAAUGUAUUUUAAAAGGCCCUAAAAAGUUAUAUAUUUAACAGUUUUAUAUGUUGUACCUUUGUAGAGAAGCUUAUUGGACUUAAAAUGUGGUCACAAUGGCAGUUUAGUAGGAUGUGAACACACGCUGUUGUUCUCAUAACUGCUGGCUCAUAGUCCCAGGUUUUCUGUUCACACCUCAGUAGCCGCUUUCUUUUCAUGGUCAUCUACAAGUCACUGUCUAUCCGAAGCAUUAAAGAAAAAAAGGAAAGUGACAAUUUAUUGAGGACUGAUCUGCAGCCAACUGAACAUUGUAAAUCUAUGGUAGUCAGUGGAAGCCAUUGAAAUCUGCUAAUUUGCUAUGAUAUUGUAUUGUACACGGUGUGGAAUACUGACUCAUUUCCUCUCUA